AUGGGAGUCUUUACCAUCUUGACAGUGUUCGUAGUGGUCAGUAGUUUCUCGGUAUUGAAUGUCCUGGCGAACGUGGCUCUGGGCAAAAUGGUUCGCGAAAGUUCUUCGGCAGCUCCUUUUAAUUCCUAUUUAGUGGUCGACGGGAUGAACAGCGCUCCUUACUGUUACAAAUCUCAAACUUCAGGCAGCCAGUGGAUUCAAAUUGACCUCAUCUGGCUGCAUCAAGUUGACUACGUUCGAGUUUUUGGAAAACUUUCAACAAAUAUUUUGAACGUCAAGCUCACAAGUCCGAAUAACCUGACAAACAUCGUUUGUAGCAACCAAACAGAUCAGGCGGGCAGCAUCAAUGUUGUGUUCCAGUGUUCAGACUCUCCUGAACACUCCAGCAAAUACGUCACCAUUUAUCAGAACUCAACUUCAACUGACAUCAUGAACAUUUGCGAGGUGGUCGUGGAUGGCCAAUGGGUUUUGAGAUCCCCUCUGAACUUCGCAAGUGAUGGAGAAGUAGUCAGAGAAGUAGCCAGUGCAAGAGAACAAGAUAUGGAGAUAUAUGAGAAAAGAAAGGGGCACGAGCAACUAGACGAGCAGCAGAGUUAA